UACGGCCGGUCUCUUGGUGUUGUGUUAAGAUGAGCACAUUUUGCCCAUAGAGUAUACUUCAUCUUGUCUUCAUACCGAAGCUUUAAAAAUACAGAACAAUGGACUUGCUUGUGUUUUUCCUGCUUUGUACCUGUGUGAUGCUUCGUCCUACGGGCGCAACUACAGCUAAAGCCAGAAAUCUUGCUUUAUAUGGCAAGGCCACACAAUCAGACCUGGUAGGGAAUCCUUGGACUGCAAAUGCCCAUGCCAUUAAUGCUAUCGAUGGAAAUCGUGACUCUAAUUAUGAACAUGGCUCCUGUACUGCUACCGAAUGGCAAGAUGACCCAUGGUGGAGGUUAGACCUACUUGACAGGUAUGUAGUGACCUCCAUAACCAUCACCAACCGAAAAGAUUGCUGUCCUGAAAGACUUGAUGAUGCUGAGAUACACAUUGGGGAUUCUCCGCUGAAAGAAGGCACCGACAAUCGAUUGGCUGGAAGGAUUUCCUCCAUUCCAGGAGGGAGAUCGCUCACUUUAAAAUGGAAGAAAGGCAUUACAGGCCGCUACAUCAAUGUGGUCAUACCUGGAAAAAAUCGCCUUCUUACUCUCUGUGAGGUCGAGGUUUACGGUUAUCCAGCUCCUGAUGGUGAGAACGUGGCUUUAAAAGGGAGAGCUACACAGAGUAACCUGUUCGGACAUGGCUUUGCAUCCAACGCCAUUGAUGGGAACAAAGAUGGUGUUUACAGUCACGGAUCCUGUUCCCACACUGAAAAAUGUCUCAAUCCCUGGUGGAGACUAGACCUACUGAAAAAACACAAAGUGUUUUCAGUAGUAAUUACAAAUGCAGCAGACAAGGACCCUGAAAGAUUAAAUGGAGCAGAAAUCAGAAUUGGAGACAGCCUAGAAAACUACGGCAUCAAUAAUCCAAGGUGUGCUGUGAUUUCUUCCAUUCCUGCUGGAUUUUCCACCACCUUUGAUUGCGAUGGGAUGGAAGGACGUUACAUUACUGUUGUUAUUCCACGGGAAGAAUAUCUUUUAUUGUGUGAGGUUGAAGUGUACGGAUCACCACUGGAUUAAGAAGCACAAGAAUUUAACUGUAAAUAUGUUCACAUUCCAAAUGAAGUAGCUGAAUUAAAUAACAGGAUCUAAAUGGGAAAAAAAAUAUUGAUUGCUGUAUGGCUUUACUUUAAACAAACAUUCAAACUAUCAGAGUUUGUGAUACAGUUAAGCAGGGCAUGUAUUGUCCUAAAAUUAUUCACCCAGAAAUAAAAAUUUGCUGAAAAUGUA